ACCCGGUGCUGGCGGAACAGUCAUUAUUGCUUUAUUAUCAAGUGUCCGUGUAACCCGUCUACAUACCGUUCAAGUAAUCAAAAUGAAAGUUUUUGCUUCCACAGCAGCCGUUUUGGUCGCUCUGGUCGCCGUACAGAGCUCGGACCCGUGUAACAUAUCCACCUGUUACACGGGCGUCACCAAACCCCAAACGGCCACCACGCGUUUGCCGGUGUCGUCUACAAGUCAGACGACGGCCUAUGCCAAAGACCAUGUGCACGGUUCGACUGCAAAAGCAGCCACGGCCGUCAACGGCGGUAGCACCGCCACCGGCACCGCCACCAAGAAAGUCAACGGCACCGAGCCCACCCCCAAGAAGACGGCCGCGUCCGGCGCUACCACGGCAAAACCCAAAACGACCGACGGACACGUGGCCCUGAAACAAAAACUCAACAGCAUCGCGGUCAAGUGCAAGGACGAGCUGCGAGCGCCCCAGGAGAUCAUGGCUUUGGUCAGCAACACCGUGUUGCCGCAAAACGAACAACAGCGGUGCUAUCUGGAAUGCUUGUACAAAAACUUGAACCUGGUGAAGAACAACAAGUUCAGCGUGGUCGACGGCAAGGCGUUGGCGCAGAUAAGGUUCGCCAAUCAACCGGAAGAGUUCAAGAAGGCGGUGGCGAUUAUUGAAACGUGCGAGAAGGAAGCCGUUAUCGAUCCGAAGACGACCGAAAAAUGUGCGGCGGGACGUGUAAUCAGAAACUGCUUCGUUAAAAACGGAGAAAAGAUUAACUUUUUCCCAAAAGCAUAAACGUAAGUCGACAAAAAGAAUAUUAACGGAACACGCAUGAGAAUUGAUAUUUCACUGGAAUGGCUGUAAUAAAAAUGUAAUAUUAAAUAAUAAUAAUUGUUUAACUGCAUUUCUAUAAACAAUACAUUCUAAAAGACAUUUUUUUUAA